UCAGAGCCCCUGCCAAGCCAGUUACAGGUGGAUUUGCAUUUUGGUUAGGAAAUUGUUGGGCCAGCCCCGUUUUAGGCAGUUCAGCUUCCCCCUGGGUGGAGCCCAGGCUUUAUAAAGAGGUGCUCUGAUGGAUGGAUACUCUACUCCUGGUACUCGAGUCCUGAUCCACUUUGGAGAACCUGAUUCUGAGACUCCAGAACGAUGUCUUAUCAACAGCAGCAGUGCAAGCAGCCCUGCCAGCCUCCCCCAGUGUGCCCACCCCCCAAGUGUUCUGAGCCAUGCCCACCCCCCAAGUGUCCGGAGCCAUGCCCACCUAGACAGUAUCAGCAGAAAUGCCCUCCUGUGCAGCCUCCUCCACCCUGCCAGCAGAAGUGCCCACCCAAGAGCAAGUAACAGCUCCAAGACUCACUGAGACCAUGACGAGACGAGGAAAGUUAGCUGCUCUAAUUCCACAGCAACGUCUUCAUCUUCAUCUCCAAAGCUCAUCAAGCACACAGAACCUUCUUCUCUGUCCUUCAGCCUACGUCUGCCUGUGAUCACUGCUGACAGUGAGGAGCAUCCUCUUAGACUGAUAUGUCCCAAGAGUAACCGAGAGACGACCGUGGCCGGCUGUGCCAGCAUCCAGCCCUGCAGAAGGAGGAGCAGCCGUGCUCCCGCUCGGUGCCAUCAGAGCGUGUCUUCCCCGUCUGUCACCUGGGCAGGAACUUCUAGCAUGUGGGCAACUGUAACUCUUCUUCCACUUUCUGAAUAAAGCAACUUUAUUAUUGGC